AUGCUGUUUGAGAGAAGUGCCAAAGUUCAUUUGUGGGCGAACCUUUUGUCGUUUCAUUAUGGAAUCAAAUACUUCCAUAUCAGUUUGUGGCUGUUUUCGGCUUUUCUCCAUCCUACACAUGAAGCUUUAGCAAAUCCUUUUUGUAGUCAUCGAAUGUUUGUGGUGACACAUGACAUAAAUGAUGCUACAUACUUCAACGCGAACAAGCGAGUGUCGAACGAGUGGGAGGAAAAACCUGUUUUAAAUUUGAUUUCAUCAAGAAUUCAGUUUUCUUUAUCAAAGUAUUAUCAAAGUCAGAUGAGAAAGUUGAAUUUUAAAUCCGAUAUUGUUGCAUGA